GGUCCCAGUGACACGCAGACGGGCCGCCUUCCCCCGUCAGACAGCGUCUAAUCUGUCUGAAGAGCGCAUCCAAUUCGCCGCUGCCUCUGCCCGCCGCUCACCCAAACGAUAUCUUCCGUACGCUCGACGGGUACGGAAUAGCAGCAGCUAUCGGCCUUGCUGCUGAACCCAUCUACAACGCUUCGACCAACCGGUGCUGCUGGUCGAGGCGCUCCUUCUGAGGCACGGCUGUCGCGGCGCUGGGGUUGUUUUGGUGGGGUAGCAUUACUGCCCUCGAACCGAACAUAAUACACAGCUCCCCCCUGUUGGCAGACAAUGGCCGACAACAACAUGUCGAUAGAGAAGAAAGAACCUGAGCGAGAAGGCUCGGAUGACUCCAUGGACUCGACCCCCGAGGCCGAGAUGGCCGGAGCGCCCAAAGAUACUGCUGGCCAACCCAAGAGGAAGGGUGGCCGCAAGCCGAUCUAUGCGACAUCUGAGGAACGUAAACAGCGCAAUCGUCAGGCUCAAGCUGCGUUCAGAGAGCGCCGGACAGAAUAUAUCAAGCAGCUGGAGGAGACCAUCCGCGUUCAUGAAACUAACCUUCAUAACCUUCAGACGGCCCACCGGAGUGCCGCGGAUGAGUGUCUGAUGCUGCGAUACAAGAAUUCGCUCCUGGAAAGAAUUCUGCUAGAAAAAGGUAUCGAUGUCCAGGGAGAAUUAAGAGCAAAAACAGGAAGCCCGCACCUCGGCCCAACACCCAUGGCACAGAAUAUGGCACACGCGCCAACAGUCCAACGUGCUAUCAUGAACAGGCAUCAGCAAGCCAGACGAUCGAACUCCAAUAUCGCCCCAAAGCUCGAGCCGGGGAUCCCACUUCAAUCUCCGCAAUUGCGGCCAACACCAUCUUCUCACGCCUCUUCACCCACAUCGAACUCACCAGGUUACAAUAACCCCGGGGUGAUGACUCCUCCCGCAUCGGACUCCCAGAUUCCACAUCAGCAGCAACAGCGCCUUCACGCAUCCAAGCCCCAACAAGCACACGGAUUGCCCGGCAACCCCGGCUUAUUAGGCAACGCUGGAGGGGCUGGAACCUCCGUAGGGCCUAAAGGCCGGGGAAGCGGCGGGACAGGGAGCGCAGGAAGCACUCCAGUGUCUACCACAUAUUACCCACCCUAUCAUCUUCAGAAUCACAUGGAGCAACUCGGCAAGUUAACCCGUCCCCUUUUUUUUCAUUUCUUUGGAAGAGCUCUGUUCGUCCUAGGUUAAUUCCGUGAGUACAGAACAGGAGUACGAUGCCCAAGCCGAUAUGGUCGAUGACCAAGACCCGUCUGAAUCUGGCCCGGGCCCAUAUCCCGAGGCGUUCCCGAACUCACAACAGCAAAUGAAUCAGCAACAAGCGCUUAAUCAGCAUCACCAGCUUGGCCAACCAGGCCAAAAUAUGCAAAUGGGUGGACACAGCAAGGGA